AUCCACCCCCUCAUCUUCCACACGGAAAAUUCACAGAACAUCCAGGAUUUUCCACACUUUGGUUCUCGGAAAAUUCAGGGUCAAAGUGCAGUGUUGAACGACGACGCAAAGCAGGGUGGUUAGGAGCCCGUGACUCACACUGGAUUGCUCGUGAGAAAGCGAAUGUUCCUAAAACGGUAUGUUACAAAUCCGUCUCACAGCCCUACAAAAAGUGUUCUAAGAGCCAUCAAAUUCUCUAGGUCUCACUGCACCAACUAUGUUUCGGCGCGAGCAUUCAUCAUUUGUGAAGGUCAAGGUCACCAGCUAUGAUGAUGUCGAGGGGAACGCAUUUGCCCUACUGGAAACCCACGUAUGGGAGUUGCUUGCUGCCGAUGUGGACGACAGUCACAAGUUCGCCAUCACACUAUUCUCUGCUGGGGAGCAUGGUGGAUGUACAAUAAAUGAUGUGCAACGAUGUCCAAGCUUUACUUUCUGGUGCCGUGCAGAUGACAACAUUACUGGUCUGGUGCUGCCAAGAUCUUAUCUUGAGCAAUAUCCGUCCGUAUUCUCUGGCUUUGGGUCUUCGUUCCCGGACUUCGAAUAUGCAACGUAUAUACGCUAUACGGUGCCUCCUCCCCUCAGCGCCGUGACACUCUUGGCGUGUUCCAAAGAGGCAUAUGACACCGCAAUCUCCCAUCCUUCUGAAGUGCAACAUGAAUUCCUGGGAAACAAUGCCGUUUUACAAUCAGGUCAAACUCUGGUCCUCUCUGUGAAGACCGCACACACGCUCGGCCUCGGUUCAGCAAUGAAGGAUACAAUCAAGUAUACCAUCGUCUCAGCUGAACCGUCGAAAGGAUUUUUCAAGGAAAGUUUCACCAACGUGCUCUUGACCGCAACCGCUUCAAGUAUCUCCGAAAAUCUGCCCGGCACAAACAACGUCGUCCACAGCUCUUCAGACGACAUAACCAUUGACGAACGUUUCCUGGCUGGCUCAAUUGUUGAAGCAUCGAGUCCUCGGGCCGUGUCCUCAGGGAGUCCCUCAACUACAAACGCCGUCCGUCAUCGAAUAGACAUGUCAUCAGAGAUGGCGUUCGUUGCGAAAACCCUUCUGAAAGGUGGCCGGUCAGACGAUCACUCAUUAUAUACCAGUACUGGAGAUUUAGGAAAGCUGGGGCUCCUGAGCGGCGACUGGGCAACAGCUCGAUCUAGUCAAGGCGUGAGCGCCAGACUCGUUCGCGUGCACGCCCUGGACUCCUCGACUUGCCCUUCAAAUACCUGUCUCAUUCCGAGCACGCUUUUCUGCAAUAUUUUCAAUGACCCGACAGGCACUCCACAAGCCACUGGAUAUGUGGUUCUGCGGCCAAGCCCUUACGGCAGGCGAAAACCGUCUGUUCCUAUCGCGCGGAAUGUCACCAUUGCACGGGUAGCAUCCCCCUCCUCGACGAAGCGUUCUAAUGAGACAGCAUUCCAUAGGGCCUUACAAGAAUACUUCGAGAAAGAACUCCGGAUUGUGAAGAAAGGUGAUAUCAUUGCGGUCAUGAUAGAUUCUGCCAAGAGAUUUGGAAUCGUCGAGUGGGAUGAUGUUCAGCUCAUGUCGCAUGGUAGACAUCAUCACGUCCCAGCGAGCGAGUUUAUUACACCUCCGAAGAGUGACGACGAAUUUGUUUAUUUUGUGGUGACAAACGUUGAACAUGACGUUGUGCAAGCUACGGAUGCACCCGCUUCGAUGGACGCAUAUCUUGAUAGCAAUGUUGGAGAACUUGGAUGUUGGGUCAAUCCUACAGUAACUCGCAUAAUGCAGGAAGGAAUUGAGCAUGCCAGGGCUCCACCUCUAGUAGAUGCCAAGAAUCAACUUGUUGGCGAUACCAUGUCUCCCUUCAGCACCCUAUAUCAUCUUACCGCCGCUGCCUUAUCUAAAAAGGCAGCCGAUUUCCAUCUUCCUUUGACAGUGCUCCUCGAAGGUGGAAGAGGCGUUGGUAAACUAACUCAGGUAUCGAUGAUUGCAAAAUCAAUGGGGCUUCAUGUUUUGGAGGUAAACUGCUACGACGUCAUUGGCGAAUCUUCUUUGCAAACAGAGGCUGUUCUGCAAACCAGGUUUGAAGGGGCAUGCGCUUGUUCACCCUGCAUCAUUCUGUUGAGGCACCUUCAUGCCUUCGGUCAAACGUCACAGGCUAGUGGGACACAGCAAAUAUCCGAAAUGUUGGUCCGAUGUAUGGAAAAUUUGAGAGAAAACUGGAUUCUUACGACAUAUCCUGUUUUCGUCUUUGCUACGACCUCCGUCACGGAUCAAGUUUCUGCGCCAACAUUGGCACUGUUUAAGCAUCGAGUGGUAUAUGAAAGCCCGGCUGAUUCUGAGCGGAAAACGGUCCUGGAAACGUUAUUGGCGGAAACAACUCUCCAGCCGGACAUAUCCCUGAAAGAGUUGGCAACUGAAACUGCGGCGUUUCUUGCCGGUGAUCUUUCCGACUUAGUACUAAACGCAACACGGGCCUCCAGUAGACGUCUUAUUUCUGAACAGUCAUGCAGCAUCACAUCACCAACUUCUGCCGGCAGUUUAGCUGUGGCAUCCCAAGACUUUACGUCCGCUUUAAAGGCUGCCCGAGCAUCCUUCUCAGAAAGCAUUGGUGCUCCUCAUAUUCCCGCUGUGUCUUGGGAUGAUGUCGGGGGCAUUGCAGAUGUAAAAGCUAAUAUACUAGAUACAAUACAACUGCCCCUUGAACAUCCCGAGCUUUUCGCCGGAGGACUAAAGAAACGAUCAGGUAUUCUUCUGUAUGGUCCUCCCGGAACCGGAAAGACCUUACUUGCAAAGGCCGUUGCAACUUCCUUUGCGCUCAACUUCUUCUCCGUCAAAGGACCAGAAUUGCUGAACAUGUACAUUGGCGAGUCAGAGGCAAAUGUGCGAAGAGUGUUCCAGCGCGCCAAAGACGCUAAACCUUGCGUGAUCUUCUUUGACGAGUUGGACUCCAUUGCUCCAAAACGAGGCAACCAGGGUGAUUCAGGCGGUGUCAUGGACCGUAUCGUCAGUCAGCUCUUGGCUGAGCUUGACGGUGUAUCAUCCGGUGGUUCUGGCUCAGAUAUAUUUGUUAUUGGAGCCACCAAUAGACCCGAUCUACUGGACCCUGCCCUAUUGAGACCUGGACGAUUUGACCGCCUAUUAUACCUUGGCGUUAGUAGUACCAAAGAUGCCCAGUUGGACAUCCUCCAUGCUUUGACGCGAAAAUUCAAACUUCAUCCUGAUCUACGGUUGGAUCAAGUUGCCGAAGCUUGCACGUUCAAUUUCACUGGGGCUGACUUCUACGCCCUAUGUGCCGACGCGUUAUUGAAGGCCAUGUCCAGGAAGGCAACCGAGAUUGAUGAUAAAAUUGCUAAUCUGAACACGACGCGUAAAAUUGAGGGCCAUCCAUAUCCCUUGACUCCACAGUAUUAUCUCGCCGAAUUGGCUGAUCCUCAUGAAGUUGACGUACUGGUCACCCAAGAAGACUUCACCUCCGCGCUCCAUAGCCUGGUUCCAAGUGUGAGCCCCGCGGAGAUGGAACAUUAUCGUCGCGUACAACGUCAAUUCGGCAGUGGAUCUAGUGAAGAUAAAUAGAAUACAAUAUCAGGGCUUUCAGACGCAUUUCGUCUAUAAUGCAAAUGGAAUACACGAGAUGGGCGAUUGUUGGAACUUUAGAACCAACGUGUCGGGCUGAGACCGAUCUUACUGAGCAAGCCUUUGAAUCCUUCGGGUACGAAAGCACCCAGGGCAGUAGAUGUAUGUAGCUGUACAGGUUUGCCGGCGAUUUCGAGCCUAGAUACACCAAAUCAGAAAGAAACCAAGAUCCAACAGGAGUAGCUGUUACAUACCUAUACGCAGAUGAUCCAUCAAUCAUAACCUCCAGAUGCACAGUGGGGUGGUUCAAGUCUCUGGUAUCCACCUCGAACGAUGACCUGUAGAACGGCCUUCUCUUAGAAACCACGCUGGGGCUAAUCCCGAAACACUUACCAUUUGUAAUUGCCUGGGCCUAUGUACUUUAUGACUCUUUCUUCCGGCACUUCUUCCACUAUCUCUUGAUUGUCCACAAUGCGCACACUCUUCACCGUACUUUCACUUGCAGGACGAAGAGUACGAACGAAAGGUAUGUAGAACAUACUGAGAGGACUCGUGGAAACCUCGAUGACUUUGUGACCGGGUCCGUCGGCGUUGAAUUCGAUUGUAGCAAACUCGUGUCGAUCACCCGAUAGGAUUAUGACAUUGGGCACGGAGUGUAGGGCAUUGAGCAAAGCUGCUUUCUCCGACUCGUAGGCGGCCCACGAAUCAACUUGGGCAUCGUGAGUCCAUAAGGAUGUGAAAGGCACAGAAGAUACAAUGAAUUUGAAGGUGGAGGUAGCGUUGACCUGCCUCAACAAAGUCAAAUGGUUUCACAAACAUAGAUAAGAACUAUGUACCCUUCCUAGCCAGUCGUACAAUGCAGCGAGCUGCUUCUCGCCGAGCAUCGUGCGUGUUGCGACUGUCCCGUCACUGAAAGUCGAGCGAUACCUACGAGUAUCCAUCACAAAGUAGGCAACAUCACCGUAACGGAAGUCGUAAUAGUAUGCAUCUUUAUCUGCAUGUGGGUCAUAAUUGGCGUCGGAAUUGUAUAGUUGGAAAGCAUCGGUGGC